CACCGGGGCCAUGUUAAAGGAAGAUGGCGGAGGGAGGAGCGGCCGAUCUAGAAACACAACGCGGAGAGGUCGCCGGAUUGCUAAAAACGCAGCUGCGAAAAGGAGAUACGUGGUAUUUAGUAGACAGUCGCUGGUUCAAACAGUGGAAGAAAUAUGUUGGCUUUGACAGCUGGGACAAAUAUCAGAUGGGUGACCAAAAUGUCUACCCUGGACCAGUGGACAACUCCGGACUGCUUAAAGAUGGGGAUGCGCUGGCCCUCAAGGAGCACCUCAUCGACGAGUUGGACUACAUUCUCGUCCCUACAGAGGGCUGGAAUAAGCUGGUCAGCUGGUAUGGAUUGAUGGAAAACCAGGAGCCAAUAGCACGCAAGGUGGUCGAGCAGGGGAUGUUCGUGAAACAUUGCAAGGUGGAGGUGUACCUGACGGAGCUGAAGCUGUGUGAGGACAGCAACAUGGAGAAUGUGGUCACCCGGAGGUUCAGCAAAGCUGACACUAUAGACACCAUUGAGAAGGAGAUGAGGAAGCUGUUCAGCAUUCCCGAUGAGAAGGAGACCAGGCUGUGGAACAAGUACAUGAGCAACACCUUCGAACCCCUUAAUAAGCCUGACAGCACCAUCCAGGAUGCUGGUCUGUAUCAGGGACAGUCACAGAAUGCGGUCGGAGGACAGGGCUCAGAUGAGGUUCUUGUAAUAGAGCAAAAAAAUGAGGAUGGAACGUGGCCAAGAGGUUCUUCUACAUCCAAGUCGUCAGGCGCUUCCACUCUAUCGACCUUACCAAAGAUCUCCCCCUCGUCUCUCUCAAACAAUUAUAACGGCUUCAACGAGCGGAACGUGAAGAACUCCAACUACUGCCUGCCGUCGUAUCCGCCGUACGCCAGCUAUGAGUAUCCCGACCAGAGCCGGUCCAGUGAGCGUCCCGGCCUGUGUGGACUCUGCAAUCUGGGUAACACCUGCUUCAUGAACUCCGCUGUCCAGUGCUUGAGCAACAUACCCCCGCUGACCGACUACUUCCUGAAGGACAAGUAUCAGGAGGAGCUGAACAUGGAAAACCCUUUGGGCAUGAGGGGGGAGAUCGCCAAGGUCUACGCUGAGUUAACCAAGCAGGUUUGGUUAGGGAAGUACAGCUACGUGACACCGAGACCCUUCAAGACGCAGGUAGGCCGCUUCGCCCCCCAGUUCUCCGGAUACCAGCAGCAGGAUUCCCACGAGCUUCUGGCCUUCCUGCUGGACGGGCUACAUGAGGACCUGAACAGGAUCAGGAAGAAGCCGUACAUCCCCUUGAAGGACGCCGACGGCAGGGCGGAUGAGGUCGUCGCACAGGAGGCCUGGGAGAACCACAUAAAGAGGAACGACUCCAUCAUCGUGGACAUAUUCCACGGCCUCUUCAAGUCCACGCUCGUCUGCCCCGUGUGUUCGAAGGUCUCUGUGACCUUUGACCCCUUCUGCUACCUGACACUACCAUUGCCCAUGAAGAAGGAACGUGCACUGGAGGUCUACCUUGUGCGGCUGGACCCCCUCGCCAAACCCAUGCAGUACAAGCUCACUGUCCCCAAGGUGGGCUGCAUCUCUGACCUCUGCGACUCUCUCUCCCUGCUGUCUGGUCUGCCAGCUGACAAGAUGAUCGUGACGGACAUAUACAACCAUCGCUUUCACCGGAUAUUUGCUUCCAAUGAGAACCUGAGCAGUAUCAUGGAACGGGAUGACAUUUAUGUCUUCGAGGUUGCUGUCCGCCGGAUAGAAGACACGGAGCACGCGGUCAUCCCAGUCCUCCUGCGGGAGAAGUACAAGCAGUCAGGCUACAACCACACCAGCACCCCGCUGUUUGGCCAGCCCUUCCUCAUCACCGUGCCUCGCAGCAUCAGCGAGGAGAAGCUCUACAACAUGCUGAUGCUUCGGAUGUGUCGGUAUGUUCGCUCCACCCCCUUUCAAGAGGAGUCCGAGGAGACGUGCAGCUCCAAGGAGCACGGGAUCAACGGCAACGUCUCCAAUGGCGUCCUGGAGGAAGGCUCUCCUAGUGAGAUGGAGACAGACGAACAGGACGACGAGUCCAGUCAGGACCAGGAACUGCCAUCAGAAAAUGACAACAGCCAAUCAGAAGAGUCCGUGGGAGGGGACAAUGAUCUGGAGAAUGGUAUUGGUCCUGAGCAGACGACGAAAGGCCACCAGUCAGAGGGCCAGCGGAAGCGGCUUUUCACAUUCCAGUUUAACAACAUGGGCAAGAUGGACUUCAGCUACAUUAAGGAGGAGCCCCGACAGAUCCGCUUUGACGAGGGGAACCUGAGACUCAGUGAUAGAUCCUAUCUUUCCUUGGACUGGGAACCCGAGCUGAAGAAGAAAUUUUUUGACGAGAGCGCGGCAGAGGAUUUCGAGAAGCACGAAAGCAUGGAGUACAAACCGCAGAAGAAAGCCAGCUGCAAACUGAAGGACUGCAUUGAGCUGUUCACCACCAAGGAGAAGCUGGGUGCUGAAGAUCCAUGGUACUGUCCCAACUGCAAGCAGCACCAACAGGCCACGAAGAAGCUGGAUCUGUGGUCCCUCCCCCCGGUCCUGGUCGUGCAUCUCAAGCGCUUCUCCUACAGCCGCUACAUGCGAGACAAGCUGGACUCGCUGGUGGAUUUCCCCCUGAGUGAUCUGGACAUGUCGGAGUUCCUUAUAAACCCCAAUGCUGGCCUGUGCCAAUACGACCUGAUCGCAGUUUCCAACCACUACGGAGGAAUGGGAGGUGGACACUAUACCGCAUUUGCGAAGAACAAGGACGACCACAAGUGGUAUUACUUCGAUGACAGUAGCGUUUCUCCUGCCAACGAGGACCAGAUCGUGUCCAAGGCAGCGUACGUACUGUUCUACCAGCGGCGGGACACGGUCUCCGGCACCGGUUACUUCACACUGGACCGGGAGGCCCAGGAAGCCCCCUCCUCCCAGGGAACAGCGGCGGCCGCGGCGCAGAGCAGCGAGGACCUGAACGAGAACGACGGGGACGAGCAGGAGCCCGGCUGCGACAUGACCAUGAGCACCAACUGAGUCGGACGGCAGGGCACGGUCACCUCCGGAGCCAUUACAAUGGCCAACAGGGCGGAAAUGCACCCCCUCCCCACACGUAGUUCCGAGAAUAAAGACACAGGGGCGUCUUUCCGGUGGGGGUGAAAAUGGGGGAAAAAACUGUACACAAGAAUCCAACAAAGGAAAUUGCUAAGCAAUCAAGCCUGUUUAGGCUCAACCCUAAUUAAUUUCCUCAGCAUUCAGAAUGUAUAGAUCUACACCCCACCCAUCACACAACUCAAAGCUAUAUUAUUAUUAUUAAUUAUGUUCUCAAUAGGAUGGGGGGCAGUAAAUCCUACUGACAGUAUUUGCAACCAUACAGAGCUUGCUUUUAAACCCAGAAGAUUGUCAGCAACUUGUGCUUUUUUGUGUUAAAUUUCUUGAUGCGUUUGCAUAUCAGUUUUUUGCCUUGUAAAUACUUUAAAUGCGCACUGAGUCUAGGUUUUCAAAGAUAUGGUGAAGCUGCUGGACUGUUACGUUUGGUAUCCCCCACCCCCAGCCAGCUCCCCCCUGCCACCCUGUUUUAUAGGUAGAAUUUGUGCCACUUGUACGGAAGGCCACUCACAGGCUCUUACACACUUAAAAAGAAAAAGUUCUGCUGAAGCGUCUGUUCCGUGGAGUUGCACUGGAUCCUGGCAGGCAUUAAGGGGUAAUGCUCUUUUUGUGAUAGCAGUACAUCCACAGUGUUUAUUUUUCGAAUGCUGCUCUGAGACUUAAUUUGAUCUAGUACCACAGUUUCCCUAUUUGGCCCUCGGGGACCCACAGACAGUCUGUAUUUUUGCUCCCUCCCUCCCAGUAUGUAGCAGGAGGGGAGCAAAAAUGUGGACUGUCUGUCAGGGAGCUGGGAGGAAAUAGCUGCUGUACCACAUAGGUCGAUAUAGACGUAGCCUUAUAUGUAAUAUGCUCUGUAAGCUGGCUCUUUUCACCCCUCUAUUCGAGAAUGUGGCUAAGUAUGUUACCUGGCCUUUCUCUGGAUCUGAGUGCACUUUUUUUUUUAAAGGGGGAGGGGCUUCAGGAUUUACCGUUGCCUCCCGCCCACCAGCGCCCACUCAGGCACCCAGGCUUCUCCAGAUUAUGAACGUCCGGCAAGGUGUAUGAAGUGUUAUCGCCCACAGUCCUGACAGAUCACCGCAGCCUUACGUCAGUCUCAGACUAACCUUCAGUGUCGCCUGGUUCUCCUCCCUCCCGCGUGACCCUGUGCGGAGCGGGAUGGCUGUCAGCUCGGGGCUAAGCCUUUACGCACAGAUCGGAGGGCCAAGAUGUCGCGGCAGUGUGCGAGGCCUCGGCCACCGCUGCCGAUUUCCUACGUAUGUCCACGGUCCUCUCCCCCCAGUCGCCCUCCCCCCUCUGAUAGUGGAACUUCAUUGCCUUUAACAUCAGCCGCGUGAAUGCUGGAGGUACAGCUUAUGUACCUUAUACCUGGGGCUGGAAAGAGGGGAGUUACCAUAUUAAUCUGAAUGAGACAUAUAAAUUCAUUAGACUAUAAAUACUGUACAUAAGAGUUCACUCUGUGAGUGCACAUUUGGUAAAUUUAUUUAUUUAUAUGUUGGCAUUAUCACAGUAAGUGUAUCUGAAAUCCAGGAAGUCGGCAACCUGCGGGACUCGGUGACGUCCUGCAGCUAGGCGGUGCUGUCAGGGAGCCUUCUGGGUUCUGUGUUUUAAGGAAGCCUUUUAAUUUGGGGUUUAUGUAAAGUUAAUAUUGACAGCCCGCAUGACAGGCGUUUUCAAUGUUGGCUGCACUUGAGUUCACUUGGUUUACAUUUGAGAUGUGCAUGUGUAUUUAUAUAUAAACUUAAAUAAAGCUGAGCAAAGCCUUAA